AUGAUUUUACCAACGAAUUACUCUAAUGUUAUUAUAGAAAAAAGUGAAAACUUUAUAAAAUGUAGAUCAAGUUUAACAAAUUUAGAUGAUUGUAAUAAUUGGGUUGCUGAAUUUGGAAAAAUUAACCAUUUAAAAUGGAACUCAAGAUCGUCUAUGCCAAAUGGAAAAAAAAUUACUUGUUCAAAAAAAUUUGUUUGUCAUCAUAGUACUUUCCAAAAAGUGUCUAGGGAAGAAAAUAAAAAAGGUAAUUCUAAAAAUGCUAACUGUUCUGCAACUAUUACUUGUGUUAUAAAGCUUGAUACGUUAGCAACUAGAAAAUCAGACACUUUAAUAAAGAAUGGACUUCGUGGAAUUAUAACUAUAAAUAAUAAACACACCCAUAGUUUAGAUACUGCUGAAACUUUAAGAUUUACACCAGCAGACUUAAAAUUAAAAAAUACAUUUUUUGAGUACUUCAGUUCCAAUAUGGGAAUUUCUGAAGCUCUUAAGUAUCAUGAGGAUAUUUUGGAGUUAAAAGAUAAUUUUUCAUUGGAAGACUUAGCAAAUGGAGCUAUUAAUCCAACAUAUAGAACAGUUCAGUAUUGGCAUGAUGAAUGGAGAAUUAAGAACUUGGGUCCACGUUCUGGAAUUGGAAUGAUUGAAAAAUUAAAAGAAAAAUUGAAUAUAUAUUCAGAACAAAAUGUAAUUGUCAAAUUUGUCGAAGAUCCAUUUGCUCUUCUUAUUGUUACUCCUCUUAUGCAAAGAGCUCAUGAAUUAAAAUCUUCAAGUGGUAUAGUAUUUGUUGAUAGCACUAGUGCAUGUGACGCUGAAAACCAUUCAAUAACCUUUAUAUUAACUCCAUGUGCAGCAGGAGCGGUACCAUUAGCAAUUAUAAUUACAAAAGGUCAAUCUUUUUUAGCAUAUACCUGGCCUAAAAUUUUUGUUACUGAUAAUGCUCAAGCAGAAAUAAAUGCAAUUAAAAAUACUUGGCCUGAAAGUGAUCACUUGUUAUGUAUAUUUCAUGUUUGUCAGGCAGUUUGGCGUUGGCUUUGGGAUUCCAAAAAUAAUAUUCCUCAAAAUAAGCGACCAAUAUUAAUGAAACAUUUUCAAAAUAUUUUGUAUGCAGAUACAGUAAAACUUGCUGAAUAUAAUUUUAAUAGUGCCAUAAACAGUUCAGAAUAUCCAAAAUGGACUAAAUACAUUACAGACCAAUUUGAUGGUCGACAAAAAUGGUGUUUGGCUUGGAGGAAUGAGUCUAAUAGAGUUCAUCAUACAAACAAUUACUCUGAGAUUACAGUACGCAUAUUUAAGGAUACAGUACUCUCAAGAGUUAAAGCCUAUAAUGUUAUUGCAUUAUUAGAUUUCACUUGCACUGUGUUGGAAGAACAUUACGGUAGGCGACUAAUGACAUUUGCCAAUUGUAGAAAUCCAAAAAAUAGAGAAGCAAGAAUUUUCUUGGACACAUUAAUUAAGAAGGCAAAUUAUGUGAAAAAAAAUCAAAUUAUUCAUAGCGCACAAAAUAAUUAUAUUGUUCCAAGUGAAAAAAAUCCUUUAAGUACUUAUGAUGUUAAUUUAGAAGCUGGUUGUUGUUCAUGUUCAAUUGGGAAGUAUGGUAAAUUUUGCAAACAUCAAUGUGCAGUAUAUAUACAUUAUGAUGAAAUGUCAAACAAUUUCCCUCCUGUUACUCCUCAAGAUAGACAUGAAAUUGCUAUGCUAGCAUCAGGAGAUAAAUCUCUAAAAAUUGAUUUUUUUCAACCAUUUUAUGUAGAGAACUAUAAUAUUGCUCAGACUGUAGUGAUCCCUGAUGAUGAAAGAAUAUAA